CUUGUGUCGUUUGUGUGUGUGUGUGUGUGUGUGUGUGUGUGUGUGUGUGUGUGUGUGUGUGUGUGUGUGUGUGUGUGUGUGUGUGUGUGUGUGUGUGUGUGUGUGUGUGUGUGUGUGUGUGUGUGAGAGAGACUGCAAGAGAGGCAACACUGCAUCAGGCAGACAGAGUGAGAGACACACAAACCUAAGAGGACACGGGAGAGUACGAGAGACCCAUACAGGCAGAGAAGACAAACGGAGGCGGAUGGAAGCGCAGAAAGAGAGAUGAGGGAGGAAGACAUGCAGGUUCUGGAGGAGCGAGGGAGUAAGAGAGAGAGACCUAGGCAAUUAUCCAGAGACCUACAUGGAGAGGGUGAGAGAUGGAGAGACAAAGAGGGUGAGGGAGAGAUGUGGGGAGAGUGGAUGCCUAAAGCAGCGACGGGUGGAAACUUGAGUCGCGUCCUCUGGUUCCUCCAGCUGCCUCCAACCCUUCUUCACUCCUCUCUCUGCUCUGGGGGCAGUACAGUAGGCUGCAAGGGUGCAUGCAUUUCAUUCUCUGGGAAUCGCUGGUUAAUCUGGGUUAAGGGUUUGACCCGAGCCGGGCCGGACUUCCUGCCACCUCGACCGCAACAAGGAGAAGAAUGAAAACAAAACGCGUAGAGACAGCGCAACAACAACCUCUUUCUCUCGCUUAUCCAUUGGGCUGCUUCCCUCUUUUCUAUUCUUUCUUUUACCUUUCCCUCCCUCUUUUUCCCGUAGAUCCUUUGAUGUUCCUCCCUUUCUCUCUCGCUCCUGCAUUUUUCCUCUCCCCAACAUCACUUCCUCCCACUCCCUUAUUAAUUUCACUUUAUUAUUGGCUUUAUUUUGGACAUAUCUGCAGUUGGUUGGUUGUUUCAGGCUCACACACACACACACACACACACACACACACACACACACACACACACACACACACACACACACACACACACACACACACACACACACACACACACACACACACACACACACACACACACACACACACAGAGACCACAUUACUCCACACCACACACUCACACAUUGCAUACCACCUGUUACUUGGUGAGCCAAUUGGUGUUUCCCUUGUCCCCUUUCUCGCCCCCCUGCUAAGAGUCUCCAGAGGAAGUGUGUGUGUGUGUGUGUGUGUGACAGAGAUGUCACUGGAGUCAUGCCAGCCCACAGCAGCCCAAGUAAACAAACCCAGCGUGCUCAGCAAACGUUUUCUAACCUCCACUUCCUCUUCUCUAUACCCCCCCUCUCUCUUUUUCUCUCUUACCGUCACCUCCACCACUCUCUUCUCUUCCGCUUCCGUAUUAGCUGCUGUCUUUCUUGAUUCUUCUUUAUUUUUCAUGUUAUUAGCGAAAAUAGCAGCAUUCUAGCAUUGUCAUGAAUGCCAGUAAAUGGCUGCCCUGGAAGAAGCGUGCCCUUUUCAAGAGGAAAGGAAGGCAGGCUUGUGGUCCACUGAUGGAUGAGCAUGAUUCUGUACAGAAGAAAACUUUCACCAAAUGGCUGAAUGCACAGUUCGCCAAGGCUGGGAAGACGCCAAUCAAAGACAUGUUCUCCGACCUGAGAGAUGGACGGAAGCUUCUGGACCUGCUGGAGGGACUCACAGGCACUGCCCUGACCAAAGAGCGAGGGUCCACCCGGGUACAUGCCCUCAACAACGUCAACAAAGUGCUCCAGGUCUUGCAUCAGAGCAACGUGGACCUGGUCAACAUCGGUGGGACGGACAUAGUGGAUGGAAACCGUAAGCUGACCCUGGGCCUCAUCUGGAGUAUUAUCCUCCACUGGCAGGUGAAAGACAUCAUGAAGGACAUCAUGUCCAACCUGCAGCAGACCAACAGUGAGAAGAUCCUGCUGAGCUGGGUGCGCCAGUGCAGCGCCGCGCGCGCCGACGUCAACGUGCUCAACUUCACCACCAGCUGGGCCGACGGCCUGGCCUUCAACGCCAUCCUGCACCGCUUCAGACCCAACGUGUUCAGCUGGGAGCAGGUGGUCCGCAUGAGCCCCGUGGAGCGACUCGACCACGCCUUCACCGUCGCCAAAGACCAGCUGGCCGUGGACAGGCUCCUGGACCCAGAAGACGUGGCGGUGCAGCUGCCCGACAAGAAGUCCAUCAUCAUGUACGUGACGUCGCUGUUCGCCGUGCUGCCCCACGACGUCACCAUGGAGGCCAUCCGCGAGGUGGAGACCCUGCCCCGCCGCUACAAGAGCGAGGACGGCCCCCCCGCCGGCCUCGGCCCGCAGGGCCUGGGCUGGGCUCCGACGGAGCAGGCCGGGGCUGGCUCCGGCCUCUCGAUGGAGUACGGCGGCGAGGAGGUGGAGGUGGUGGUGGAGGAGGCGCUGGAGGAGGACGAGGAGGAGGAGGAGGAGGAGGAGGGGAUCCUGCAGGAGGUGGACCUGGACAGCUACCAGGCCACGCUGGAGGAGGUGCUGACCUGGCUGCUGUCGGCCGAGGACACGCUGCACAUGCAGGACGAGGUGUCGGACGACGUGGAGGAGGUCAAGGACCAGUUCCACACGCACGAGGCCUUCAUGAUGGAGCUGACGGCGCACCAGAGCAGCGUGGGUAAUGUGCUUCAGGCGGGCAACCAGCUGAUCGCCCAGGGCAACCUGGCGGUGGAGGAGGAGGACGAGAUCAGGGAGCAGAUGACCCUGCUGAACUCCCGCUGGGAGAGCCUCCGCGUGGCUAGCAUGGACCGGCAGGCCAGACUUCACGAGGUCCUGAUGGAUCUGCAGCAGCAGCAGUUGCAGCAGCUCUCUGAUUGGCUGACGCAGACGGAGGACCGCAUCAAGAAGAUGGAGUCGGAGCCGGUGGCGGGUGACGUGGACGGCUACAAGGAGCAGAUAGAGCUGCAUAAAGAGCUGCAGAAUGACCUGGAGGCGGAGCAGGUGAAGGUCAACUCUCUGACUCACAUGGUUGUGGUGGUGGAUGAGAACAGUGGCGAGAGCGCCACCGCUGCCCUGGAGGAGCAACUACAAUCCCUUGGGGAGCGCUGGGCGGCCGUGUGCCGCUGGACCGAGGAGCGCUGGCACAAGCUGCAAGAGGUCCUCCUGGUGUGGCAGCAGCUCCUGGAGGACCAGAGCUUCUUCAGCGCAUGGCUGACGGAGAAAGAGCAAGCAUUGGGUGAUGUCCAGACCAGCAGCUUUAAGGACCACAGUGAGAUGAACGCCAACGUGAGGAGGCUAGCGACCCUGAAGGAGGACAUGGAGCUGAAGCGGCGGACCCUGGACCAGCUGUCUGAGGCCGGGCAGGACGUGGAGUCGCUGCUGCGGAGCCCCGCCGCCGGGGCCACCAUCCAGGAGACCACCGAAGACCUGACCCUGAGAUGGGACAGCCUGGUCCAGACGCUGGAGGACUGCUCCUUCCAGGUAAUGGAGGCCGUGGCCAGCUCCGGGGGGACUGAGGUGGAAGGACAGUACGUUGUGGAUACGGUUGCCAUGGCAGCAGCAUCAUCAUCAUCAUCAUCAUCCUCGUUUGUCGACCAGGACUCGGCCCAGCCCGCUAAGAAAAGAAUGAUGGAGACCGAUUUGGAAGACAGACUGGAGCUGGAAGGUAACCUGUCUGCUCUGCUGAGCUGGAUGACGACGUGGACCUCCUCCGCCCAGACGCUGGGGUGUGUGCACACCAGUGCGCCGUGCGACCCCGCAGAGCUGCACGGCGACAUGAAGUCUCUGUUGUCCAAUCAACAGUCUCUGGAGCUGCAGUUGGCCUCCAAGGAGGCUCUGAUUGGCCAAGUGACUCAUGAGGGGCGGCGCCUGGUAGACCAGCUGGAAAGAGAGGGCGCGAGCGCCGACUCCCUGCGCUCGGACGUGGACCUGCUCCAGGCCCAGCGGGACGCCUGCUCCCGGGAGCUCCAGGCGGCCAGGGAGCGGGUGCGGGUCCAGAGCAGGCUGGGGGAGCUGGGGGAGGCCCUGGCGCUGGUGGACGGGGCCCUGGGGGAGCAGGACGGCUGGCUGCGGACCACCGGGGCCGACGGCCGGGAGCCCCCCGAUCAGGAAGGGCUCAACCUGCUCCACGCAGAGUGUCAGUCCCGAAUGGGACAGGUCGGCGAGCUCGGCACGCGAUUGGAGCAGCUGUCCACGGAGGCGGGCUCUCUGGGGGCCACGCCCGCACUCAGAGACACAUCGGUGGUGGUGUCGGCCCACCACUCCUCCACCCUCCAGCAGCUACGCCGCAGAGAGCAGGACCUGGACCAAGGGCUCCAAGCUCUGCUCAGACAGGCGGAGGAGGACCCCGUGGAGGCCCUGGAAGAGCGACUGGGCACGCUCAAAGACGGCGUCACCGACAUCCCCACCACUCAGAGCGCGGUGGAGCGGGCGCAGGUGCUGUGUUUAGAGAUAGAGCAAACCCAAAAGGCCUCGGAUCCAGCUGUGGCCUUGCGAUGGAGUCAGCUGUCCUCCAGGGCCAGGGAUGAGCUGAGCACGCUGCAGUGCACUGGAAGUUUGAAGGACAAUCAGGUGCGCAUGGUGGAGGUGGAGCGAUGGCUGGACGCUGUACAGGAACUGAUGUCACAGGACGCCAAAGCAGGCGAGGCGGAGAGGCUACAGGAAGAGCUGAACCAAUGCAAGUGGCGCCACCUGGUGGGCUGCAGGGGCUUCGACCGGGCCGUGGAGGAGUGGCGCCAGUUCCACUGUGACCUGAACGACCUCGGCCAGUGGCUCCGGGACACGGAGGGCCUGAUCGCCGAGGGCACGGGGCCCGACGGACAGCUGGACCUGGACACGGCCGCGCUACACCAGCAGGAGCUGGAGGAAGGCCUCGCCAGCCACCAGCCCGACCUGGCCGUGCUGUCCCGCACGGGGGAGCACAUCAUCGGGCAGCUGUCGGGCCCCGACGGGCCCCUGCUGCAGGACAAGCUGGAGGUCCUGGGCCAGCGCUGGAGGGCCGUCAGCCACCAGGUGCUGGAGCGGAGGAGGAGGUUGGCUGAAGGUGACUCGGGCGCUCUGGCAGAGCUGGUGAGGAGGAGCGGGGAGCUCUCCCAUUGGCUGCAGGAGGCUGAGCAUGCGGCCACCUCACUUCCUGAUGGGGCCGCCACGGACAGAAACCUCCAAGAACUUAAGGCCCUGGCUGAGGAGAUGGACGUGCAGAACGAGAGCCUGGCCUGGCUCAACAAGCAUGGUCCUCCCAUCCUGGCCAAUCCCAUCAUGGGCCCCCAGGAGAGGGACAUGCACGUCGCCAAGCUGAGGGCCAUCAACCUCAGCUGGAGCAAGGUGACCCGUGAUUUGAUGGACAAGGCCGGGGAGGUGGAGACUAACAUGCAAGGCCACGCGGUCUUCCAGGACCGCAUGAACCGCCUGACGGACUGGGUCCAGGUCACGCACCAGACCAUCGCGGCCCGAGGCGUCAGCCCCGUCCAGGCGCAGGAGCUAGAGACCUCUAUGAAGGAGCGGAAGAGAGACCUGGAAGACCUGUUGGCUCGCUCCAUAGAGCUGCAGCGGCGACAGCAGCUCCUGCCUCAAGAAAAGGUCAAGGUGGAGCAGCUGGCUUCUGAUUGGAAGGCUCUGGACGUGCGGCUGCGGGAGUCCCUCCAGGCUCCGCCUCCCAGCUCAGCGUGGAUGCAGCAUCACAGCAUGGUCCAGCACCAGCAGCUCGUGUCCUCGGUCCCGUCGGCGUCCCGUCCCGUCCUGGCGGGCGAGGGCCCCCGCCACCAGGCCCCGCCCCACGGCGUGGACACGGUGGCGCCCACCGACCUGAACGUGACGGCCACGGAGCUGGCCGACUGGCUGCUGCUCAUCAGCCAGAUGCUCAAGUCCAACAUCGUGACCGUGGGCGACACGGAGGAGAUCCGGGCCACCAUCCGCCGCCUGCAGGUGACCAAGAGCGACUUGGAGCAGCGCCAUCCACAGCUGGAGGACAUCUUCACCCUGGCACAGAACAUCAAGAACAAGACCUCCAAUCUGGACGUGCGCACGUCCAUCACUGAGAAACUGGAGAAGGUGCGUAGCCAGUGGGACGGCACACAGCACGGUGUGGAGGCCAGGCUUCGGCAGCUGGACAACAUGAUUGGCCACAGCGACCAGUGGGAGGAGCAGAGAGUGGAGGUGGCGUCUGUGAUUGGUCACAACGAGGGCCGCUACCAUAGCCUGCUGCAGCACUCCAGGGAGUCACUGACGAAACAACUGACCGAUAAUAAGGCCUUCCUGCAGGACCUGGGUCGAGGCCAGGCCAGCGUGGCAAGCUUCAACGAUCUGUCCAAUCAACUGCUCCGGGAGUAUUCCAUCGACGACACCAGGCGGAUCAAAGAGGUUGCGGACAAACACAACGCCGCCUGGAACGGCAUCAACAACAGGGCGAGCGACCGGCAGGCCCAGCUGGACUGUGAGCUGAAGGGCCUGCAGGGGUCCCUCCGGGAGCUGGAGGCCUUCCUCAAGUGGCUCCAGGAGGCGGAGACCACCGUCAACGUCCUGGCCGACGCCUCGCAGAGGGAGGAGCUCUCCCAGGACCCCGCCCACCUGAAGGAGCUCAGAGCACAGCACGAGGACAUCCAGGCUGAGAUCGAUGCCCACAACGACAUCUACCGCAGCGUGGAGGGGAACAAGUCCAAGAUGGUCAAGGCCCUGGGCAGCUCGGAGGAGGCGGUGUUCCUCCAGCACCGCCUGGACGACAUGAACCACCGCUGGAGCGACCUCAAGACCAAGUCGGCCAACAUCCGGACCCACCUGGAGGCCAGUGCCGAGCGGUGGUCCCGCCUGCUGGGCCUGCUGGAGGAGCUGUGGCGCUGGAUCUGUGCCAAGGACGAGGACCUGGCCAAGCAGAUGCCCAUCGGGGGGGACGUGCCCACCCUGCUGCAGCAGCAGAACCACUGCACGGCGCUGCUGUCCGAGCUGAAGGAGCGAGAGCACCUGGUGAUCACCACCCUGGACCAGGCACGCACGUUCCUGGCCGACCAGCCCAUCGAGGGGCCCGCCGAGCCCCGCAGGAACCUGCAGCCCAAGACAGACCUCACCCCCGAGGAGAAGGCCCGCGGCGUGGCCCGGGCCAUCCGCAAGCAGACGGGCGAGGUGCGGGAGCGCUGGGAGCGGCUGACGGGCCACGUGGGCGGCUGGCAGAGCCAGGUGGAGCGCGCCCUGGAGCGGCUGACGGAGCUGCAGAGCUCCAUGGACCAGCUGGACCUGCGGCUGACCCGCGCCGAGGAGGCCAAGGAGGGCUGGCAGCCUGUGGGGGACCUGCUCAUCGACUCCCUGCAGGACCACAUCGAGAGGACCACCGCCUUCCAGGAGGAGGUGGCCCCUUUGAGGCAGGACGUGCACGUGGUCAACGAGCUGUCAGCUGACCUCACCCCGCUAGACGUGCAGCUGUCCUCCACCGCCUCGCGCCAGCUCGACCAGCUCAACAUGCGCUGGAAGCUCCUACAGGUGGCAGUGGAGGAGAGACUGAAGCUCCUUCAGGAAGCGCAUCGAGAUUUCGGACCCUCCUCCCAACACUUCCUGUCCACAUCGGUAGAGCUGCCCUGGCAACGAGCAGUGUCUCAAAACAAGGUCCCCUAUUACAUCAACCAUCAGACACAGACCACCUGCUGGGACCACCCGAAGAUGACAGAACUGUACCAUUCACUAGCUGACCUGAACAACGUGAGGUUCUCUGCUUACCGGACGGCCAUGAAGAUCCGUAGGCUCCAGAAGGCCCUGUGCUUGGACCUGCUGGAGCUGGGCGUGGCCCAGAGCACCUUCGAGCAGCACAAGCUGACCAAGAACAGCCAGCAGCUCGCGGUGCCUGACGUCAUCAACUGCCUGACGUCGGUGUACCACGGCCUGGAGCAGCAGCACAAAGACCUGGUCAACGUGCCGCUCUGCGUCGACAUGUGCCUCAACUGGCUGCUCAACGUCUUCGACACCGGUCGCAGUGGGAAGAUCCGCGUCCUCUCCAUGAAGAUCGGGCUGCUCUCCCUCUCCAAGGGCCACCUGGAGGAGAAGUACAAGUACCUGUUCAACCAGGUGUCGUCGGCGGGGGACACGUGUGACCAGAGGCAGCUGGGCCUCCUGCUGCACGACGCCAUCCAGGUCCCGCGGCAGCUGGGCGAGGUGGCCGCCUUCGGGGGCUCCAACAUCGAGCCCAGCGUCCGCAGCUGCUUCCAGCACGUGGGUAACAAGGUGGAGCUGGAGCCCAGGCAGUUUGUGGACUGGAUGCGCAUGGAGCCGCAGUCCAUGGUGUGGCUGCCCGUGCUGCACCGCGUGGCCGCCGCCGAGACGGCCAAGCACCAGGCCAAGUGCAACAUCUGCAAGGAGUGUCCCAUCGUGGGCUUCAGGUAUCGCAGUCUGAAACACUUCAACUAUGACGUGUGUCAGAGCUGCUUCUUCUCCGGGCGAACCGCCAAGGGCCACAAGCUCAACUACCCAAUGGUGGAGUACUGCACGCCGACCACGUCGGGAGAGGACAUGCGUGACUUCACCAAGGUGCUGAAGAACAAGUUCCGCUCCAAGAAGUACUUUGCCAAGCACCCGCGGCUGGGCUACCUCCCUGUGCAGACAGUGCUGGAGGGAGACAACAUGGAGACUCCUGUCACCCUCAUCAGCAUGUGUCCGGAGCAGUACGAGCUGUCCCAGUCACCGCAGCUCUCUCAUGACGACACCCAUUCCCGGAUAGAGCAGUAUGCCAGCAGAUUGGCCCAGAUGGAGCGCUCCAACGGCUCUUUGCCAACUGACAGCAGCUCAGCGACAGGAAGCAUGGAUGACGAGCACGCCCUGAUCCUGCAGUACUGUCAGACCCUCGGCGGGGAGGGGGGCUCCCCCAGCAGCCAGCCCCAGAGCCCCGCCCAGAUCCUGCAGGCGGUGGAGCGGGAGGAGCGGGGGGAGCUGGGGCGUGUCAUCGCCCGGCUGGAGGAGGACCAGAGGACCCUGCAGAGGGAGUACGAGCAGCUGAAGGAGCAGCACGGCGGGCAGCGGGGCCCGGCCCCCGGGGGCCACUGGGACGCCGACAGCCCCCCCGCCCCGGGCCCCCCCGGGGAGGCGGACCUGCUGGCGGAGGCCAAGCUGCUCCGUCAGCACAAGGGCCGGCUGGAGGCCCGCAUGCACAUCCUGGAGGAGCACAACAAACAGCUGGAGUCCCAGCUGCACCGCCUGAGACAGCUGCUGCACCACCCGCCCGAGGGAGACUCGAGGGUGAAUGGGGUCUCUUCUCCCAGUGUACAGGACCGAGGACAACUUAAUGAAAACUCAGAAGAGCUUCUAGACCCCCAGGACAGCAGCUCUGACCUUGCAGAAGUGAUGGAGCAGAUAAACAACAGCUUCCCUGCAUGCAGUCCCUCAAGCCUCUCCUCCAGACCACAGGUGAUGUGAGGGCAGCCACCUAGAGGGGAGAGUGCGUGCGUGCGUGCGCGCACGCGUGUGUGUAGUGUUUGUGUGUGUUGGCGAAAGGCGAUUGAAGUGUGACUUUGGAAAAAGGCCGUAACUCUCCCGAACACGCCGACCUCCUCUCCAUCUCCGCGCCUCGGCUCCGUACUGAAGGAGUAGGUGGAGCUUCAGGCCCCGCCCCCACAAGCCCCGAGAACCAAUACCAAGUUAGAGAUUCUGCACCCAGAAACCCAAAGACACACAGGACCAGAGAACUGCUAUCCCCUAUGUUGUUGUGUACUAUGCAAUACUUGUACAUUUGAUAAAACUGUGGAGUGAACCUGAAGUUGGCCUAACAUUUCUAUGGGAUUUGUACGCAUAUUCCGAUGAUAUCCUAGGUUUGGGGUUUGUAUAGAAAAAUAUGUUUUUCUUUUUCUUGUUUUCACUGGGAAUCAAAUUGUUACAUUGUCCAUCUUUUUAAUUCUGUGUGUUUGGCCUCCCCCCUUUCUGCCCCGCUUACCCAUUACUGUCACACUGUUGAGGUUCAUGUUCCAAGUUUGGGAGUACAAUUCUUUAUGACGAGUGAGACCAACCCUUCAUUACAAUCAUGUAUUUACCCUGUGUGAAGCUCCGCAAACUGUUUUCUCUAUUUUAUUUUUCUAUGACUUGGGUAUCGAUGGCUGAUCGUGGCGCAUGUUGAUGUCAGAGUUCCCCUUUAAUUCCUCGGUGUGACCGUUGCUAUCGCCGUAGCGUCCGCGUAUUUUGUUGAACUCGCGCCCCUCCUGUGCCUAUACAGUUGUCAUUCCAAGUGUGGAAGACUUAGAUGCUGACAUUAAAGUGGGAAUGUGUACAAAGUGAAGAGGUUUUAUGGAAGAAUAUAGAUUUAAUUUGAACCUUAAAUGUUGAAUAAGGGUUUUCAACCGGCCCCUAACUCACCAUGUAGAGCAGUUUUAUAUGAAAAUAAAAUUACAUAAAGUCUAUGUUUGAAAAAUCAGAACGAAAGCCAUGAUUGCCUUGCUACCUCAGAAUCACUGACACAGUUUUGUCUGCGUGGUCCGUGACAUAGUUUCCUUUGACCAACCAGCGCUAGACGCAGAACACCCCCCUCGCAUUAGCAUUCCAAGCUCGUGCUCACUGUAUCGAUGUACACUGCAACAACAACAACAUCGUUCGUUAUUACUGUAUCGUCACAAUGGUUCGGUGGCCUGCUGAAGCUAACAACCCUUCAUCCCGCGUGAGGAGUGACACAUUUUUGGCGUUUUUAAUUCCACUGGCAAAUUAAGCACUGUAUUCCUCACAUUGUUGUGUCGUUGUGUUGUGCUACAUGCUAUCCUGUAAAAAAAAGAAAGAAGAAAACGUGUGAGGUUUAACAACACUACUAUGUCUUCUCCUCCGACCGUGGACAGAGGAACGAGGCGACGACGAUGAUGUUUAUGAUGAGUGUGUCGAUGUGGUAGCGUUUAUAAUCUUGAACAAAAAGCGAACCAUUGCAGAACUGUGUCGUUUUCGCCUGAGGUAUGUAGAAUAGAUUCACCACACUACGUGUAAUAUGGCUACAUUGUUUUAUUCUGAAUAAAAUUUUUAUAACAAGUUAA